GCAGUUCAGAGUGGAACUUCCUCACUUACGAAAGUCAAGAUGCUCACUCUAAAGAACAUGUCCUUCAAGGCUGGUCAGGAGCUGAAGAUCACUGGCAAGGCCACGUCAGGCACUGGGUUUUCCAUUAACAUCGGUCACAGCGAGGAUAAUCUGGCUCUCCACUUUAACCCGCGCUUCUCCGAACAUGGGGACAAUCAGACCAUCGUGUGCAACUCCAAGAAAGAAGGCACCUGGCAGGGGGAGCAGAGGGAGAGCGCUUUCCCCUUCCGUCCCCAUGAGGAGUUCAAGAUCACUAUGGAAUUCAGUAACCAGGAGUUUCAUAUCAAGCUUCCUAGCGGCCACAAGAUGCAGUUUCCCAACCGCUUUGGCGAUAAGAAGUUCAAGCACAUCCAUGUCACUGGAGAUGUCAAGAUCCAAGGUAUCGAUAUCCAUUGAGGAUACCAACCACAUGUGCCACCUAUAGGUCAAUGUUAUAAUGCUUGGCCUCAGUGCGCAGUGCCUUAAUGUAUAUUGCUGUUAAUCUUUUGGUUACAAGUGAUUUGAAAAACAAAAGAAAAACACCUCAGCUAAGAGAACAUUUUUGAUUGACUGAUAUGAAUAUCAAACCACAAAAUAAACAAUGUUUAGCAUUUUGCCUAUAAUUGUCUCCUUCAAAUAUUUGAUGUCACAAAAGGAAAAAAAUGAUCAUGAGCUUUAUGUUCAAAAUCUGCACUUUUAUCCUAACUAACUGGCUCAAGUCUGUCUGUACUUCCCUGAGUUAAUUGUUUCCAUCAGUAUUCUGUGUGCAUAUACAUGUUCAGAACUCUGUGUUGUACAUUUUGUGGGAUCAUCUAUAUUAUGAAAAUGUACAGGACUUGUUUGGGCCGUGUUUGCACAGCAAUAUACAGCAGUGAGUUGGCUAACCAAAAUGAUGUUGGAUGUCUUUAUGAUUAAUCCAUUAGUAUAGAAAUUUAAAAUACAAUAUUAUUGUCACAUUUUGCUAUUGAAAGAUCAUUGAGUGGUCUUCACCCAACUUCACAUCAUUACUCAGUACAAAGGCUUGUCAUGGAUUCAAAUGUACAGGUCAACACUUUGUCUUGAGUUUGUUUUCAUUUAUUUUUGAUAAAUGCAUCUGUUAAAUUUGCAGCAAACUAUGUUUUCAUCCAUUAACAACACAUGUGUAACUAA